UGUGCGUGACUUCCCUCCGGAUGAGACGGGGUUGCUGGGCGUUGGCAUCGGCUACGCUCAGUCUGGCCUAACCCCCAUUGUCGAGAUACCUUAUGCGAAGUACUUGGACUGUGGCGCAGACAUGUUCUAUGAAGCGUGCAUCAACAACUGGCUCAGCCACGGCACACAACCCAACGGCAUGAUCAUUCGACUGCAAG